AUGUGGCGGCGCGUGGGUUCUCUUUCUUCGCUGGUUGCGUUCUCCAAAUCGCGCCACCGUAAUCAAGUGCAGGCAGCCUGUGGAUUUAACGCUUUUCAAAUGUUCAGCACUCAAGUUCUGGAUCAGGCGGAAAGCGGAAUUUCUGAUAGAAGAAGGAUCCCAUUUGUGACUUUUGUCUUGGGGGGUCCUGGGAGCGGAAAAGGAACUCAAUGUCUGCGGAUUGUUGAUACUUUUGGGUUUACCCAUUUAAGUGCUGGAGACCUGUUGAGAAAAGAAAUUUCUUCUAACAGUGAAAAUGGUUCCAUGAUUCUCAAUACAAUCAAAGAAGGGAAAAUUGUUCCAUCGGAAGUGACUGUUCAACUAAUUCAGAAGGCCAUGGAAGCCAGCGAUAAUGAUAGAUUUCUUAUUGAUGGUUUCCCAAGAACGGAAGAGAAUCGUAUAGCAUAUGAACGAGUUAUUGGUGCUGAACCAGACAUUGUGCUCUUUUUCGAUUGUCCUGAAGAAGAAAUGGUGAAACGAGUAUUAAACCGUAAUCAGGGACGAAUUGAUGAUAAUAUAGAUACAGUCAAGGAAAGGCUGAAGGUCUUCGCGGAACUAAACCUUCCAGUCAUCAAGCACUACUCCAAGAUAGGAAAGCUUUGCAAAAUUGACGGUACUGGAUCAGAAGAUGAAAUUUUUGAGAGGGUUCGCCCAGUUUUUGAUGCACCGAGCCUCUUUUUCCCUAAAAAAAUGGUUGAAAAUACAGAAACCGGAAAUCUGGUGACAAAGUGA